AUGAUAAGACAUUUUUAUAGAUGUAGUUUGUACGUAUUCACACUUAUCAGUAUAUAUAGAAAGUUCUAUAGGUUAUAGUUCUAUAUGUAUAUAAAUGUAAACGUGUUACUGUAGUCGAAUUGACAAUUUGAUUAAAUUGAUUAAAAAUAUCAACUUUUUUAAGUGCACAUGCUAAUUAUCGAUCGUUUAAGAUACUACAAAGCAAUUAAUUUUUUAUUCAAAUGUAUGUUUUAUGAUGAUUUGAAUAAGACAUUUUCUUUUGACUCAGCACUUAGUCACAUUCAUAUUUUAAGGUUAAAAGUUUAACAGCUUUUUAUAAAGGAAAGUAGAUCGAAAGAUGAGUAUUAUCUCCAAUGUAAUUGUUACCAGUUUUGUACAGAAUUUUUUAUAUGGAUAACAGAAGCUUAAUGAAUUCUACAAUGAUGCCACUUUUAUGAAUUAUCACAAACAAUUUAAAGGCUUACUAAAACAUCACCUGCAAAUUUCAGGAAACAGAGCAAAUAUGAAUAAUCAGUGAGGAAGUAUCAUGUUGGAAAAUACCACUGCCAUUCGACGUGUGAAAGAUUCAAAACCUGUUAAUGGUGCUCAACAGAAUGUGGAAGAAAAAAAAUCUACACCAUUUUCAGGAGAUUUAAAUAAUUUGAAUACUGAAUUAUAUGUAGAUUCUGAACAUUUAACAUUAUGGCAACAUCCAAUUACUACAUUGAAUUAUUUUUUCCGGGAACUUUUUAGUAAUAUAGUUAGACUAGGAAAAAAGGCAUUACAUUAUAAAAAGACAGUAUGGAGCAUAAUUUCAAUAAUAAUAUUAUUUCUGAUAUUAAGCAGAAUUUCUGGUCCACAUCAACAGAUAUUAAAAGCAUGGGAAACAAAAGUGAUUUGGUGGUUAUAUUGGAUAGGUUUAGGUGUUCUUUCCAGUGUAGGUCUUGGAACAGGCUUACAUACUUUUGUACUCUAUUUAGGACCACAUAUAGCAGCUGUUACUAUGGCUGCAUAUGAAUGCGGUGCUCUUAAUUUUCCUGAACCACCAUAUCCUGAUCAAAUAAUAUGUCCCACAACAAUUGAUCCAAUGUGGACAGCAGGUAUAUUAAAUAUUAUGAGAAAAGUACGGGUAGAGGCUAUGCUUUGGGGUGCUGGUACUGCACUUGGUGAACUACCACCAUAUUUUAUGGCUAGAGCUGCUCGGACCAGUAGACAAAAUAAUAGGACAGAAGAAUUUGAUCAAGAAGAUUUAAAAGAAUUAGAAGCUUUAGAAGCUUUAGAAAAUGGUGAAAAUAUAUCAUUAUUAAUUCGGCUAAAAUUAACUAUGAAACACUUUGUACAAAAAGCGGGAUUUUGGGGAAUCCUUGCCUGUGCUUCAAUUCCUAAUCCAUUAUUUGAUCUUGCUGGUUUGACAUGUGGUCAUUAUUUAAUUCCUUUCUGGACAUUUUUUGGAGCUACACUUAUAGGGAAGGCGAUUAUAAAAAUGCAUAUUCAACAACUUGCAGUGAUUAUAGCUUUUAAUGAAGAACUUCUAGAUAAAUUUAUAAAAUUGCUUGCAAUUGUACCAUUUAUAGGUUCUAAAUUUCAAGAACCAUUGAAAAAAUACCUUAUUGAACAAAAAAAAAAGUUGCAUGACAAGACAUCAAUGGAUGGAGCAACAACAAUUUCAUGGUUGUUUGACAAAUUUGUAAUAUUGAUGGUAUGUUACUUUUUGGUAACAAUUAUUCAUGAAUUAGCAAGAAAUUAUCAUCGUAAGCGAAAUAAACGAUGUACUGAUUAAAAUUCAAUGAAUAUAGGGUGUAUAAUGUAAA